AUGAUAGGAACAGAGGCACUGUGGCUUCUGGCGACUAUUGUUAGAAGACAUUUGGGCUGGUUCGUCAGUUUGGCAGUUGUUCUGCAGGUUGCGGUCAAUUGCAUUGACCUCUGCGCACGGAAGACGAAGGUCGGCCGAUAUGUAGCGAUAAUGGGUGCCAUUUAUCUCCGAUACGGACUGCAUCGACCGAAAUAUAGAGUAAAAAUGUUGGAUGAUUCCGUGGAAGACAACGGUGGGAGACGUGGAGAUGCCAUGGUUGGGGAGGAGGAAAGGGUCUUCCCAAGCGAAAAGCCGUCGGGAGAGGACGUACAAUGUCCGAGAAACGAUCUGCUCGGAUAUUUGGACAGCACAGAAGUCGAUGAAACACGUCUUCUGCAGGACGAGAACGGUGGUUCGCCACGGCCUUCUCACCAAAAGAGGAGACGAAGGCGGUUUCGUUUCGGUCGGGCGAUCCGACGAACGCUACGUCGCCUUAUUUGUUGUGGAACGACAGCCACACAGGAGUGA